AUGCAUCCCUCUUUGGCGCCUCAUCUUCAUGGCGACUGCCUAGAAAUUAUACAGCAACUGCAUCGCUGUCACGAACAGGUUAAUAGUUAAACGUGUUGUGCUGUAAACACGUGCCUGCUUGGCCAUCUUUUUGUGCUGUAUACAAAUUUUUUUUUUCGCCUUUCUUUGCAGCAUCCUGUUGGGAAAUUCCUAGGCGAGUGCAAUGAUAUCAAAAGAGCAUUGAAUAGGUGUUUAAAAGAGGAGGUAUUUAAGUCUUUUUUAUCUGAUAUCCAUUUCACUUCAUUGGUUGAGGGGAGAUGUGUUAUGUAAUUCUAACUGUGAUUGUGAGGACGAAAUUCUCUGGUUUUGCCAUAUGGUAAUAUUUGUAGUAGAAUUUUUAUAAAAAGAGGUUUUAAAAUUUUGAUUUUGAACAUUAUCAGGGGUGUGAAUGAUAAAUCAGGCAAUAAAUAUGUUUAUAAAAAUUAAUAAUGAUGAUUAAAUUGAGUGGUUGUUCAUCCAGCUCAGCCCUGACUGAAUUGAGUGACGAAUUUGAGACAUAACAGAAAUGAGAAUUUGUGAAAUUGUGGGAUUUGUUGUCAUCCUCUACGAGAACAAGAUGAAAAAUGCUUCUGUACCAAAAAUCAGUGUGUUUUUCACCAAUUGACGGUGAGAUACUAGCAUUUCUAUGUUCUCACACCUGCAUGUAAAUGCUUCAAAAGCCAAUUUUAGAGGAUUUGUAUGGAGUCUUAAAUAACUAUCUCUGUGCAUGUAUUAGGUAUAAGCAGCAGGUCUGAGAGUAAAACCUUACCAAAUUCUUACAUGUAAAAGUAAAGGAAGAGUGGCAGUAUACUGGCCCAACUACCAAUCACGUGUACCAUCUCUGUUCACAAUAAUUAUUGACUCUAUAAUUAGCCCGGGUAGUAAGCAUUUCCAUACAAGUUAUUGCACAUCUGCAAUUUUUUUUUUUUACAAUAACUCAAGUGGAUGAGUAAUAACUACGGCCGAAAUGGUUGCUACACAGGCUACUUGCCAAUUUGGAUCCACACUUUAUUGCGUUAAUAAUUUAAUAUUGUUAGUUUUAUACCUGACUUUAUCCACUGGGGUGACAGGCAAGGCUUCAUGUAAUAAUCAUGAUGCCAAGAACAUGAUGUCUCCAAAGGAGAUAAGGUCUUACUCAUGAUGCAAUAUUUAUGGAUCUUUAAACAUCGUUUUAUUUUUUAUGACAGGAUUUAAGAAAAAGAAGAAGAAACCAAGAAGACGCAAAAAGAAGAAGAAAGACACUACAAGAUUUGUGUUCAGCAAAACAGGAGUAA